GGGCGCCGAGCUCCAAUAGGAUAUCAACUCUGGUUCUUCGUUGAUGAUGAUGGGACUACUUCAGCAUUGUCAAUUAUGAACUCUUGGUGUGUUCUUAUUCGGUGUAUCUCGUGAUGCAAUUCUGCUGUUGGUUCGAGGUCAAGACUAUCUGGACUCAUAUGUAUGAUGCUGUUUGAUUGCCGGAGCUCGCUAUUACUCAUCUUCCUUGCAUAUAUAUAUACAUAUACACACAUAUAUAUAUACUCCGACGAAACAGUUUGUCACAGCCCCUCGUUUGUUGUCCUCUUCUCUCUCUCUGCCUACGGUUUUACCGGGCAGUUCUGUUUGUGACGAUAUAUACACGCAUACACACACAUAUAUAUAUAUAUAUACACACACAUACAUAUACACACAUACUAUAUAUAUACACACAUAUAUAUACUUAUAUAUAGCUAAUUAAUAACGGGUCGGCAAUAUCCAGGGUGUCAAGAUGAUGCAAGCGGCUGUUGAGGCGAAGGAGGCUGCCGUGCGGGAGGUGGCCAAGCUGCUUACGCUACCGGAGGACUUGGGGAAUAUCCCCGCUCUGCGCAGCGAAUUCGCUCAACGACAACAGGCCAAUGAUGCACAGCUGUCUGCGUCAGUGAUGUCACAGGUGGAUAAGGCAAGGGAAGGAAUGGACACACUGACCACCUCCAAAGCCACCAUCACUGAGCUUCGGGACAGCUUUAUUCUCAUUGAUAGACUCUGUGUAGAAUGUAAAAACCUAAUUGAUCAUCAUGAACAGAUUCAAGCUCUGAGCUGUGCUCGGAACAAUCUCAACACGACCAUAAGGGAUGUGGAGGGAAUGUUGUCAAUCUCACAGGAAGCGGCAGAAGCGCGGGCGUCACUCCAGAAUGAUAAGGAGCUCGUUCGAACAUUUGAGCGCCUAACCGCACUCGAGGGGAAAAGGCGUUUUGCUUUGGCGGCAGUGAGCACAAGAAAGCAAGAACAGAUGAAGCUAAGCGAAUAUUUUGAAGACGUUAGCCGGACACGAGAGAAAUUUGAGCAGACUCUCUUUGGACAUGUGAAGAACUACCACAAGUUGGCAAAAGAGAGCCCUGCAACUCUGGUUCGUUGCCUACGAAUAGUGGAAAUGCAAGAGGAGCUUGACUCUCAGCAGGCACAAGAAGCACUGGAAGCAGAUGGUGUGAGUUUGGGAGUGCCGACUCCCAAGGGUCAGCGAACCCCUCCGAGUGGCGGCGGAAGGGGUUCAAAAAGGCCGAGUUACACAGGAGGGACACAAGCAGGGACUGCUGGUGGGGAUAAAACACCCUCUGGCUCACCGAAGCAGGGCAGAGGAUACAAGGACCGCUGUUUUGCGGAGAUCCAAGCUGCCGUACAGGAACGUUUUGCGGUCUUACUUAACAAGCUUGUUGUGGAAGAUCUAAAUGCAGCUUUGCUGGAGGCUACUUCGGUAAGACCACAGGGACGUGACACUUCCGUCAUUAUGUAUGAAAUCUUUCAAUUUGUGGUUCAGCUGUACACUCAGCAUUUUGUGACAAUGUUAAGGAAACUCGGCGACAACGCUUCUCAGAUUCCCAACCAUGAUAUUCUUAAGAUUAUUGGAUGGGAGUCUCAGUACGAAGACCAGCUGCUAAGUCUUGGUGUUGACGACGGUGUUGCUCAAGUCUGCGCCGAGACUGGUGCUCUGGAUGCGCUGAUUGAUCGAUACGUGGAAGUUAUGCAAUCCAGCAUGAAGAAAUAUUUCAUCAACAUGCUGGAGGCUGACAAGGUAGAGCCGCCGAAGCAGAAUGACACUGGUCGUUUGUUUACACCCGCAGCUCAUGACCUGUUCCGCCUUUUCAGUGCACAGCUAACCUCGGUGCAAGAGAAUUGUACGGGGGCCAUGAUAUGGCGAGUAGCCGACGCGUUUGUGAAGGUCAUGCUUGAUUUCCAAGCUGCACAGCGAACUCGAUUUGAUGAGCCUGUAGCAGAUGUAGGUUUCGAGGCCUUGUGUGCAAUGGCCAAUAAUAAUGCGAGGUGUCCGGAGCUGGUUAUGGAGCUUAGCAAUUCUGUAAUGGAAGCCCUCCCUGCAAGCUUUAAGGACAAGAUCCAAUUUGACGAAGCGAUCCGUGGGUUCAUGGAAAUUGAAAGGGAAGCCUUGUUCUUUACGGUGGAGGUAAUAUUUGAAGAUCCUGGUGUUAAAAAGCUUCUCACAAAUCUUUAUCAGAAAGACUGGUAUGACGGGGUUGUGACAGAGUACCUCGUGGCCACAUUUUCGGACUACUUUACUGAUAUCGGGAAGUGCCUUGAGGAGAAGUCAUUCCGGCGGUUCGCUGAGUUGUGCUUGGAACGAACUGUACUAGUGUACCUGGACGGUCUCCUAAUGCAGAAGAACUACAUAAAACAGGCCACUUUGAAGCGGAUGGAAAUGGACGAGGAGCAGAUCGGCGACUUCUUUAAAGGCGAAGGAGGCAUGAACCCCAAGAAAGUGGAGAAAAAGCUGCAGCCACUUGUGGACGUUCGGGAACUGGCCUGUUCCGACAGUGUGGAAUCAUUUAGGUUGACGUACACAAGCAUGCUUCAUUACCAUCCAGACUGUGUGCCUGAGCUCGUGGAAAAGGUAGUUUCUCUACGGGACGAUGUUCCGCGCAAGGAGGCGAGAGAGGUGGUAAAUGAGUGUCGUGAAAUCUACAAUGCUCGCGAUACGACUGUCACUCAACCGAAGACAGGGAUGGUGUACAGUCGCCUGCUUGCUCUGCCUAAGCCUCCACCAAGGAAGAAGUAGUAGCGCUCAUUCGUUAUGAUUCGUACCUCUGCUAACAUUCAUUUUUAAAAUGGAAGUUGGAAUCUGGACAUAGUUACAGUCCGAUACAUCCAGGAAAGUCCCAUGGGAAUAUUAUGGCUUACUUAUUGCUAGAUUGGCUGUGAUUGAACUCUAGCAAGCAAGCUGACUCCUGUGUCAGUUAAUCGACUACCUACUGCGUCUCAUGAGCGCCACCACUGCCACACCGUUUUUUUUUUCUUUUUUUUUUUCAAUGAGCGCCACGGCAUGGUUUUCAA